CGCCGCAUUCGUCAACUUCUUUCCUACACCGGCGGCAGACAUCGCAACAACACGCCGCAUUAAUUGACACUCGAGCCGACACCAUGGCGGACACACUCAUCCACCCAGACCAGGACCAGAACUCUCCGAGCAGCAAGGAGCUCAAGGACAACACCGUCAUCAUCGUACUCGGCGCGUCUGGCGACCUCGCCAAGAAGAAGACCUUUCCAGCGCUGUUCGGUCUGUUCAGAAAUGGCUUCCUCCCAAGAGACGUCAAGAUCGUGGGCUACGCCCGAACGAAGAUGGACCACACCGAGUACCUGAAGCGCGUAAAGUCUCACAUCAAGACUCCCACAAAGGAAAUGGAGCAGCAACUCGACCAGUUCUGCAAGUUCACAACCUAUGUUAGCGGUCAAUACGACAAGGACGAGAGCUUCCAGGAGCUCGAGAAGCACCUGCAAGAGCUCGAGAAGGGUCAGAAGGAGAAUAACCGCAUUUUCUACAUGGCGCUCCCACCAUCAGUGUUCAUUCCUGUCUCUGAGCACCUGAAGCGCAACAACUACCCAAAGAACGGUAUCUCUCGUAUCAUCAUCGAGAAGCCAUUCGGCAAAGACUUGCAGUCCUCGCGUGAGCUUGACCAGGCUCUGCGACCAAACUGGAAGGAGGAGGAGAUCUUCCGUAUCGAUCACUACUUGGGUAAGGAGAUGGUCAAGAACAUCCUCAUUCUGCGAUUCGGAAACGAAUUCUUCGGCGCAACCUGGAACCGCAACCACAUCGAUAACGUUCAGAUCACAUUCAAGGAGCCAUUCGGCACUGAGGGACGUGGAGGCUAUUUCGACGAGUUCGGCAUUGUCCGUGAUGUGAUGCAGAACCAUCUCCUCCAGAUUCUCACGCUCCUCGCAAUGGAGCGUCCGAUCUCUUUCUCCGCCGAGGACAUUCGCAACGAAAAGGUCCGUGUGCUGCGUGGUAUGCCGGCCAUCCAGCCAAAGGAUGUCAUCAUUGGACAGUAUGAGAAGUCGCUUGACGGCUCAAAGCCAGGCUACAAGGAGGACGACACAGUACCCAAGGAGUCGCGUUGCCCAACUUUCGCCUCAAUGGUCGCAUACAUCAAGAACGAGCGGUGGGAUGGCGUGCCUUUCAUCCUCAAGGCAGGCAAGGCUCUCAACGAGCAGAAGACUGAAGUUCGUAUUCAGUUCAAGGACGUCACCUCUGGUAUCUUCAAGGAUAUCCCGCGUAACGAGCUGGUCAUCCGAGUUCAGCCAAACGAGUCGAUCUACAUCAAGAUGAACAGCAAGCUUCCGGGCUUGAGCAUGCAGACCGUGGUCACCGAGCUUGACCUCACCUACCGAAGACGCUUCUCUGACCUUAAGAUUCCAGAGGCUUACGAGAGCUUGAUCCUUGACUCGCUGAAGGGCGACCACUCCAACUUCGUCCGUGACGAUGAGUUGGACGCUUCAUGGCGCAUCUUCACCCCACUCUUGCACUACCUGGACGACAAUAAGGAGAUUAUCCCCAUGGGCUACCCAUACGGUUCCCGCGGCCCAGCCGUUCUCGACGACUUCACCUCUUCGUACGGCUACAAGUUCGCCGACGCUGCCGGCUACCAGUGGCCACAGCACCAGAUCGAGCCAAACAAGCUCUAAGCUGUCCAUCCAGCGACCAUCAUAAGCAAGAGCUUGCAGGCCAGUGUCUCUGAUGUCUUACCAGGCGCUUGGGAUAGAUUUGAGAUGAGAAAUGCAAAGAGCGAGCGUUUGUCUAGAGCGAUUGAGGGGAAAUUGGGAAGCGAAACCCGAGAAUACCUACAUACGAGCACCUACACCACCGGUUUCCAUGUCAUGCUGCUACGACGAAAUGCAAAAAGUGCGAAGCGUUUUAGGGAGGUAGAGACGGGUGACUGUACCUGAGCGCAGGCGUGACGACAUUUGCAUAUAGAGACAGUUGCUUCCUGAGAAUGAGAAAUGGCUGUAAUCAUG